AUUUGGCACUAAGCUAGCGUGAAUCGAAUCCAACACCAUUUUAGAGUCAAGCUGUGUUGAUGCCGGGUUUCUAUUAGAUUAACCGACUUGUGGCAUUCGGGAAUAGUCAAGGCAAACUAACGAAGCUUUACUUAUCUUUAGAGUCAUCUUUCCUUUAGUCCUUCAAUUAGCUCUUCAUUCAUCUCAGAUGAUGCACUUAUUAGCUGCUUAUUCUGUUAUCAAUUCAGUGUCUAUAUAAUUAUAAAAGUGUAAAGUGACAGACUCAACUCAGCUAUGAAGUUAAGAAUCCUUUUAAUUUCACUUUUUGUCAUCACAACUUCUUCAAUCGCUGCUGAAACUAAAACUUUAGAGCAAUGGUACCAAGAUGUAACUGACAAGAUGAAGACUAUAAAAUGGGGUCAUCCAUUAUUUCAAUACAGUCGUGGAUUUAAUCAUUGGAAUAUAAAACAGAAAAUUAAUUUUGCUCAAAAUAAAAAUAAAAAUUUGAAUUUUACACAAGCAAUGAUUCUUAUUUAUCGAUCAGGGCUGGACGACCUUGACAUUUCGAGACGAAAUAAUUUUUGGACUUUUUUGAUUGAAAAUCUCAUCGAAUUCAACAAAAGAACGAUUGAUGUAAAUUAUUUGGAAUGUUUUAGGAAGGAAUUGAAAAAAAUUAAUCCAGAAUCACCUCUUGUGGCUGGCUUUGAUGCAUUUAGGAUGACAAUGAGGAGUGAAGAUUGUGAUAAGAUUGUAGAAUCGAGAGGAUUUGAUGAUUAUGUCAACAAUUUUGAGAACACAUACGGGAAUCUUAUAGAAAUAACCGACGGAGCUCUUAGCAAAGACAAAUUCAAAAGAUUUUUAAUAACUUUCGUUGUGCUUGCCGAUGAGACUGACCUGAAUAGAAGCAGGGAAAUAAUUUACUUAAUUGAAGAAUUUAAGAAUAUUUUGGAUACUGCAUUCAAUCAUAUUAUGAACAGUUUGGGAAAUGAUGAUACAUGACAUCCUACUGGAACUAGCUACAGCAGUUUGCAGAUACCUCACAUCUUUUACCAUAAUUCGGUUGGAGGUUAAGUGGACUGGAAUGCAUUAAUUUUG